GGAAAUAACACUAAAUUACAGUGCAGUGGGUGUAAUUUUCCCUAUUGUGUUUUACGGUUUCUCGUGCGAAGAGAGAGAGAGAGAGAGAGAGAUGAGCACCGGCGGCGGGGAGAGGAUCAGCGGCGGCGGCGGAGAGAGGAUCGGCGGCGGCGGCGUGAAGACUCCGGCGGAUUUCUUGAAGUCGAUCAGGGGGCGCCCCGUCGUCGUCAAGCUCAACUCAGGAGUCGACUACAGAGGCAUUCUAGCUUGUUUGGAUGGGUAUAUGAACAUUGCAAUGGAGCAAACUGAGGAAUAUGUUAAUGGUCAACUGAAGAACAAAUAUGGGGAUGCUUUUAUCAGAGGAAACAACGUUUUAUACAUCAGCACGUCGAAACGGACUCUUGCAGACAGUUCAUAAGUUUAGAUGAAAACAGUGAUGGGUUCCACUUGCAAUAAAGCACUCGCAAUCGGGGCAUUAUGAUGUAAACAAUUCUGAGCCUUGAUUCUAUGGUUUGAUUGGAUAAGGAAGGAUGGCAAGAGAUCUGAGAAGAUAAAUACCUGUGGUCUAGGUUGGUCAUUGUAGUUUGUGGAUAGGCUUCUACUUUAUCCGCACCGAUAUUUUUUUAGCCUCUCAGUCAUAUUCUCCAUCCGAACUAAUCUGGAUAUUUGGAUACACUAAAAAUAUCAAUGUUAGGAUUUUAUCCCUUAUGCCGUGCCGUCGCGAUGUGUUGUGGGACCCACUUGUUCUGCCGUUCGUAAGAAAUGAAGAGUGUCGCUCAUGCAUUGUUUUUAGACUUUGUU